AUGCUGUCAUUCAACCAGUCCGUGCAGAAUGGGGCUUCCUGGGUGCCUGCACCCUCCUUCCCCGCGUCCGCCGCCGCCCAUUCAAAAGGAUUCGCUGCAACUCCCCCGCCGCCUCCGCCUGUGGUUUCUUCCUCCACCGGAACUUUUGUGCCGGGCCGCGGCGGCGAGGAGGGCAGUGUUCCGCGUUGCUCUCCGCGGAUGUGGGCAGACCGGAGCGGGAUGGCGGCGGCGGGGCACCUGCAGCAGCUGUGGUGGGGGGCGGCGGGGCUGGGGCUGUCUCGAGGGGCGCUGGUGGGGCGCUUCGCCCCCCUGCGGCCUCUGGGCCUGCUGCUGCCCCCGCAGCCCCGACUUCUGGCGGUCUCGGUUCGCGGGGCGGCGGGCGGCGGGGGCCUGGAGGCGAACCCUUUCUUCGCCAAGUACCAAGGGAAGAUCCACGAACUCCGCAGAUCCAAUCCAGAAAUUUUUGAAUCCCGACUGGAUCAAAGGAGCGAAGUGAAAAAGCAGCCUGUGGGAGAUUCAAAGCAAGCAGAGUUUAUCAGAAUGAUGGAGAAAAAGUUCAAAGAAUCACUUCAUGGGUUCACAAAAAACAAGACACUUGAUUCUAUCCUUAAUGUGGAGAUGAUGAAACGGAAGAAGCCCGAAGAAAUAAAACAGAUAUGGAAGCAGUAUUAUUCUGGAGAAGACACAGUUUAUGCAGUUAUUCCUGGAAAGACUUUUGAUCUGAUAUGGAAGCGAGUUCAGGACUGCCCGUCUUUUCUAUAUCCACUGCCAAGAAAGGAGGGCUAUGAAUUUUUUGUGGGACAUUGGUCAGGACCAGAACUCCACUUCACUUCUCUGAUAAACAUUCAGUCUCGAGGGGAAUCUGCACCCACCCAGUUGGUCCUGUUUCAUUAUCCUGAGCUACAAGAGGAAAAGGGCAUUGUACUGAUGACAGGUGAAAUAGAUCCUAGAUUUUUGACUGUCACAGAAGCCCAGUGCCUAGCCAGCCAGGUGCAGCUUUUUUACGCCACGGACCGUGAAGAGACCUACCGUUUAGUGGAAGAGUUUAACCACCGGCCAAAUGAGUUUAAGUACAUGUCUGUAAUAGGUGAGCUUGAACAGAGCAGGCUGGGGGAAGAACUCAGGCCUCAGCAAGACUCCCCAUCGUCCACUGCUUGAGUGGUGGGAGAAGCCUUGAAGAGACAUGGCGGGUAUCGGAAGCGCUCUUGCCUUGAAUUCUGGAGCUGCUGCUUCCAACUGAAAUAAUCUUGAUGGGAAAGGGGUGACAUUGACAUCUGAUGGGGAGAAGAAUAUCUUACAAAGUGACCUACACAUCUGGGAAACACCUUUGUUUCUGGCUGGUAAGAGAAAGAAGGAAAGCAUAACAUCGAUAUCCACCUGGUGAUGUUUGGCAUUUGCUCCCCCCCCAAAAAAAAACACGCACGCAGACCAGCAGAUUUCAGCAUUUAUUUUAAAGGUUUAUUUAAAUUUCUUCAUUCAGCAAGGGAACGUAAUUGGACGGGGGGAGGGGGGAGCUAGGUGACACUACUGUUGAUGGAUGCAGUGAGUUUCCCAACAACAACAACAAAAUCAUUAUUUACAUCAUAAUGUGCUACGUAAAACACCCUUGGCAUACAGGAAAACGCAGUCUAAGCAAAAAGGACAAUUCCCAGCCCCAGAGAGCUUAAAAAUCUGACGGUAGGAAGAGAAUAAGCACAAAACGGAAAUCUGUUAAGGGCGACCAAAUUUUGCAGUCAUCUGGUACAUAAAACCAAAAACAUUUUUUCCCUCUUUAAUAAAUGAAUAAAUAAAUUUUAUCUGAGGCUGUCCUCCAUGAAAGAUGGUUGAAUGUUUUCCAUGCUCCUGCUGGCAGUUCUUAGUUCUGGAAAGGUGUUGAGUCAAUUUCACCAACACUGACUAGAGCUGAGGAAAUGCCCUGUUGCCUUCAUCCUCUAAAAGCGCCUUUAUGAGAUAGAACUGCAUAUUUUUAGAAAUGAGAAGGAUCUUAAGCUAUUCCUAGCCCCAUAGAUGUUGAGGAACUGAGCCGUGCGCAAUUUCACUCAUUCAUCUGUGAAGUGGAGAUAAUGCUUUGUUAUCUUGUGUACCCCCUCUUCUCUUGCCGCUUUUGUGUAACCUUAUUUGGCCCAGAUGUUUGUUUCUGAACCUGAGAGGGAUGGAGUGAGAAGGGGGACGAGUGGCAGGUUCAGGAAAGCCCAGGUGCAAGGGCUAGGCAUGACUCAACUCACAGAGUUGUAUCCAUCUCUGGGUUGCAUCCAACACUACUGUUCUGCUUACACAACGUAGUUUCCUGAUGCUCUCCUCUCCCUUGCAGCCCCACAUCCUCAAAAUCUCCUGAGGGUUGUGGGAUCCUCAGGAGCAGAUUUGGGAGGCAGGGGCAAGGGCACACAGAGAAGAGAUGAAGAGAAGGUCAUGUUGCCUCCCAUAUGCACAGCAUUUGAUGCAUCCCUAAGUCAUGGCAUGAGCAGGACAACUUCCCCUUCCUUGCACCACCCUCAUUUGCUCCAGUCAAAUUUCUUUUGGGGAAGGGGGCACAUUCUGCUCACACCAUGACUUAGCUGGAUACUCCCCCCAUAGACAGCAGGAAAGAAGGAAGGCAUAAGACAGUAUCUGUGAGCCUGGUUAGCUCCCUUCUCAGCCUGGGAUCAGAAAUGAGUAUCUGUUCAAUCUACAGUAAAGGGGCAGUGGCAACUAGUAGACUCACUGUGGUCAAAUAGGGAGCAGGGAGAGAACUUGCAAUUUUGAGCAUAUUUUUGAAGUUGCAAUUCGAAUCUUUAUAUUUUGUGCCUCAGCCUGUCUUCUCUGUUCUGUGAUGUGCUGCCUGGCGAGAAAACCCCAGUGCCCCCCCCCUAGUUGAAAUGAUUCAAGACCUGCCGCUUUGCAUAUCACGGGCUAAUUUGCAUAUUGUUGAAUACUCCGUUAUUUGAAAACCAAAGCUUUGCAAUACCUUGGAAAACAGGUGAAAUGGGGCAAAAACGAAAGGGAGAGAAUCAGGAUUGCUACCUGAUUCCAAGAAAUUGUUUGAUUAAUCAAGUGUGUUGAUUGAAUGAAUCUGUAUACCUUUGCAUAUGAAUAAAAACAAUAUUCUGAAAAAGCAUACUACUUUUUUUUUU